UAGUGACUUGAACAUUGUUAGGAGGGGUUCCGCGAACGAUGCCUCUCAUGAUGCAAAGUAUUGUAAUUGAAUUCAAUAUUUCGUGGUUUGUAAUGUGCAUCAUUACUCAUUCUAAUAGAGGGAGUUGUUAACAUUAUGAGCAAAAUACCACCUAACAGACGAGGAAUUACAUUUGAGGUGGGCGCUGCUCUUGAAGCACGGGACAGUCUUAAGAACUGGUAUGCAGCCAACAUUGAAAAGAUUGACUAUGAUGAUGAGAAAGUUUUAAUUCAUUAUCGUCAGUGGGGUCAUCGCCAUGAUGAGUGGUUUGACUGGACCAGUCCUUAUCUGAGAGCCAUGGAAAGAGAAAGAGUUCAACUGAGAAGAGAGGGUCUUCAGGAGGACAACAUUGUUCCUGGGUUUCAUGUGAAUGAAAAAGUUCUUGCCAGUUGGUCUGAUUGUCGAUUUUAUCCCGCUAAAGUCUUGGCUGUCAAUAAAGAUGCAUCCUACACCGUAAAGUUCUAUGAUGGUGUCAUCCAGACAGUCAAAGGAAUACAUGUCAAACCGUUCAUCAGAGAGAGAAGAAAGAAAUUAUCCAACAGAAAUGGAGAGAAAGCUCAGGUGAAAAAACCUGAUAAUGUCCAUAAAAUGCAUGAGAAUGGGGAAGAGGAGAAAGAAGUCUCAGAUUGGGAUGGAAAUGAAGAUGACCAGAAGAAAAGCAGAAUCCAAGGCAGGAGCACUGGCCGUAAGAAUGAGGAAAAUGUGAUGGAAAAUAUGAGUAUGAAGGAGGAAAAUGAAGAAGGAGGGAGAGUCCUGGAGCAAAUAGGGCAACACAAUUACAGCAAGUCAUUUCUGAAGAAGGAUUCAGGGCAUGAGCGGCGAGGUGAGAAGACUGCGGUGAAGAUAGAGGACGACGCUAUGGUGUUGGACUCAUGCAUUCAUUUUAAUGAGGGGAUGUUAAAGGUAAACAGGAUUGAGGAAGCAGAAGUCCAGGCAGAACAAAAGGAAAAGGAUAUUGAAGGUUUUCCUCAUGACAAAAAGUCACAGAGGCACCGGGUUCGAGGCAAAAGGAGAAUUUCAAUGGCACGAAGAAAAAAAUCCAAGACAGAUUCAGAUAAAAGUUUUCAUAAUGGUUGCGAGUCCACCCCUGAAUUAAUCAAUCAGAGAGCUUCAGGAAAUGGACAGGAUUCUGAACCCUCACUUCUGACCCAACCUUCCAAUAACACAUCAGACACUCCCAAACCUACAGUAAGAAAACAAGCUUUUCACAACCCAAGCCGCUUCAGCAGAGAGCCAUUGUACAGAGUUGUUAGAAACCAGCCACCGCCAGUACUCUCUAUCAACUUGGACCAUAAUCCAUAUAAAUGCAGUGCUACUGGCUGUGCGAAGUCCUUCCGCAAAGCAAAACUUCUGCAUUAUCAUAUGAAGUACUACCAUGGAGAUAUUCGUGCAGUAGAUGAUGAUCUCGCUAUGAACACAGGCAACCAGACUGAUGUUUUCAGCCAAGAAAAAGCAUUUAAUAAUCAGAAUGGUUCUAAGAAAAGGUGCAUUGCAUUGUCUACUGUGCCAGUGAACAAAGGGACUGAUGCACAGAUGAGAGUGAAGAGACGCUCUUCAGCUCCCCCUGCUUUCAGUGCACAAAAUUAUCAACAGUGGUCUUCACUAAAGAAGACAAGAGAGAAACUGGAUAACAAUGAACAGAGAUGCUUCGACAAGGAAAGAGAGAAGAGAUAUGUGGAAAUAGGUGUGAAGGAAUAUGGCAGGCUAAAAGGAAAGAGGUCGAGAGAUUUCCUACAUUUCAAGUUAAAGAAAAAUAAAAAGAUGAGAAUGACCACAUCAGAUGAAGAGAGCCUUUCUGAUUGGUCCUCUGACAGCUGUGGGUGGAGUGAUGAUGACAUGGGGACCGACUUGGCCAUCAUGCCCUCACCCCUUAGUUGCAGCUCUAUUGCCUCAUCAACAGGAAGUAGAGAAAACGUUCGAUGCGUGUGUGAUGUGGAAGAGGAAAAUGAUUUCAUGUUACAGUGUGAAGUAUGUCUAUACUGGCAGCAUGGAACAUGUAUGGGAUUCCUCGAAGACAAAAUUCCAGAACGAUAUAAUUGCUUUAUUUGCAGAGGACAAAUCAGAGGUAAAAGAUCGAGUUACCAGCACUGGUAUGACAGAGAUUGGCUCAACACUGGUCAUAUCUAUGGUCUCUCUUUCCUGGAGAACUACUCCCAACAGAACAGCAAGAAGAUCGCAGCCACUCAUCAGCUGUUAGGAGAUAUUCAGCAUGUAGUGGAAGUGCUCAAUGGCUUACAGCUCAAAAUCAACGUCCUGCAGAGCCAGGCACACCCAGACCUCAAGUUGUGGCAGAAGCCAUGGAAACUGGCUGGGAGAUCCAGGAUGAAAAGUGCUGCUCUCUCAGACUCAAAAACUCUCUCAUCAGCAUCCUCAGAAACCAGUUUACAUAAAGAGCUCUUGUCGUCAUCCUUCACGGAUUAUAUUAGCAGUGACCACUGUUACCAAAAGCCAAUUGCAUUGCACCAGGUAUUGGAGCCGAGGCUGGAACUGAAGACAUGGGAGGUAGAAGACAGAUUGUACAACACUAACAGCAUGAUAAAGAAUGAACACUCUAUCCAACCAACACUAAGUACUUCUUGUAAUAAACUGUCCAACCACAACAAGGAAGUAGGAAAGGAGCAUGAGGUGGGUGCUGAUGGAGGCGGGAUUAUGGGCGGAGCUCAGCAGCAUCAGUGUAAGAUCAACCUGCUGGAGCACAUAGAGGCUGUACAGGAGGAGGUUACGGACAGGAUGGACUUCAUCGAGAGAGAGCUUGAUGUGCUUGAAAACUGGCUGGACUGCACGGGUGAGUUGGAACCGCCGGAGCCUCUGGACCGUCUGCCUGAACUCAAGCAAAGCGUCAAACAGCUACUUAAUAAACUGGGGAAAGUGCAGCAGAUUGCUCUGGUGUGUGCCACGUGAGGGCGCUAGAGAGUAUUUAACGUCAUCACAGGACUACCUCACGUUGAAACCAGGGCAUGUACAAAAGACUCUGGACUACAGACAAAGAACAAAACUAAUGUGAAACUGGACAUGGUCAGUAAUUGUGAAAUAAAGAGCAGUUACUAAUACUGAUCACUUGCACAGCUUGCUGCAAUUUCUUUUAAUUGAUUUAAUUAAAGAAAAUUAAUCUUUAAAACAGACCACCUCAAACUUGUGCAUACCAAACUUAAAUAGUUCAUACAUUUGUAAGGUGUUUAUGUUUUGAUAAAGAUAAGCCCCACAAUGCUUCAGUAUAAGAUCUUAUGCUUAAUAUGUCACUUAAAUUAAUUUUAAAUUGCAGCCCAAUUUUGUAUUCACAAUGUUCAAAUAUUGGCUAGAGUCUUGGGGAGAUUUUGACGAGUUAAUACCCCUUUGACUUCACCUAAUGCGAUGCUCUCUAUGUAGAACAGUCUAGAAAAUUUGCUUCGAUAUUUAACAUGUCGUCAUUCCAUUGAAAUAUGAGACCCUUAAAUAAAGGUAUGUAAUAUGUA